UUAGACCAGUGGCUGGGCAUCAUGAAGAUCGCUGCUUUUAACAUUCAGAAAUUUGGCAAAUCAAAACUAUCGGAUCCGUUAGUGCGGAAAACCCUGAUUAAGAUAGUUUCACGCUAUGACAUCAUCGUGAUUCUGGAGGUGGUGGAUUCAAGUGGAAUCUCAGUGGAUGAGUUUCUCAAAGAGCUGAACAAGUAUACUAAGACGCAUCAUUACACCUUGAAGAUCAGCACACGGCUGGGACGAGGAACUUACAAAGAACAGUUUAUGUUCCUUUACAGGGACGACCUGGUGGAUUUGAUUGGUUCCUACCAAUAUAAAGAUGAUGAGACUGGAGACGAGGAUGCUUUUGCCAGAGAACCGUAUGUUCUGCGAUUCACAUGUCACGAAACUGUGUUGAAGGAUUUGGUGCUGAUUCCUGUUCACACAAAACCAGAGGAUUCAGUGAAAGAACUGGACGAACUCUAUGAUGUGUUCCAAAACGUCAAGGAGAAAUGGGAGACGGAUAACAUUAUGAUACUGGGGGACUUCAAUGCAGAUGGAAAUUACGUGUCUGAAAAACAAAUGCAUAAAAUCAGAAUCCGGAGCGACAAGAAUUUCCAUUGGCUGAUCACAGACGACGUUGACACCACAGCCAGUGUUAAUAAUGACCACACUUAUGACCGGAUCGUGGUAUAUGGAAACGAUAUGUUGGAGGCUGUUGUUCCAGAUUCUGCAAAACCAUUCAACUUCCAGAAGGCCUACAAGCUAACAGAUGAGAAUGCACUGAAAGUGAGUGAUCACUACCCAGUAGAGGUGGAACUAAAGCGAAAAAGUCCGCAGGCAAAGCGGGAAAGUCAGCAGCCGAAACGUGAAAGUCAGCAGCCAAAGCGCAAACGCACAUGUAAGAAACAACUUCAGGUCGAAAUAGCAAUACAUUGAAAGAGUAUAAACAAUAAGAAUGCUAUUCUUUCUUUAGGAAAAACAAUGAUACUUCAAGCUAGAAGUUUGUGAAAGAGCCGGACAAGAGACCGAAUUCUCCUCCAGAAGUGACCGAAGACCCAAAUAUGAAAUUGGAACAGAUUAAAGAAUUUCUUGCAAGAAAUCAUUCAGAACUUGAAUUGUCUUGUAAAAAUGUAGUGAGAGUUUCACAAAGGACAUUAAAUCAUCUCAAACAGAAACUUAAACACAUUACAAACUUUAUUCCCGAACUUUGUCUUUACAAGAGUAAUAAACUAAGAAAGAAAAGGAUUUGCCAUUAUGUGGACCCAAAUGAUGUUUACACAGACUUUAAUCAGACAAUGUGUUCCCAAACAUGGCAAGCAAAUAUAAAAUAAAAACACUAAUUCAUUUCUUCCCA